UAGCUCGGUGAGGCAGCAGAGCUGGAUGCGGCUCCAUAUUAAGGAAGUCAUCAGGAAAUGGAAAAGGGAAAAAGCCUAAUUACCAAAUAAAAGGGAUAAACCAACAGGAUUGGAACCUAGGGAACUUAAAUGCCUCGCACUGCGUUUGUUCUAGGGGAUCCUUUGGUUAUGCAGCAGAAGGCAAAUAUGGCGACAGAAGAAGGGGCUGAUAACCGUAAGAGUGAAGGAGGACCAGGCUUAGGAGGCAGCGCCGUACAAAGCGAAGAGGGGCAGAAGGACAGAGAAUUGAUAAAUCCGGAUGGUACCAAAGGGAACCGGAAGGAGAUCUCCUCGGGGGAAAGCUCAGGGAAAGCCGGGGGAAGCAGGCAAGGGACUCAGGAGACCAAGGAGGGCAGAAAUAAGGACAGGGCAAGCCCCCGAAACUCGGAAGGAGCAGUGUCUAAGAAAGUAAGGCUCACGGAUACAAGGCGCAAACUAGCCGAGAUAGAAAAAAAGACCGCGGAGUACAAGGCAAGAUUGAUUGAGGAAAUUAUGACUGGGAACGAAGAGGGCCCUCUGCGGGAGGAACCCCGGGACGAACGGAAAACCGGCCGAGGUGGGACAAGACAAGGGGAUAAAGGUAGUGACCGUGGGGGAACGCCGAGCAAAAGAAGGAAAGAGAGAGAGAACUCUCCGGGGAUGGAAGCGGAAAAGGCUACGACCCCGCCAGCCAUAGAUAGUAGGGCUAGCCUCCUGCCAACCUCGCCAGCAGUAACGCGAGGGUGCGAAGGACUCUGGAGCCUUAGGGAAAGAGUGUUGGGAUGGUUUGACCCAGAAGGAACUACGAAAACCAGGGAGGGACAGAAGGCCGGCAAGGAAGGUCCGGAUAACAGUAUUGCAGGCGAGGCCAGCAGCUCCGAGGGCGGCCUUAAGAAGAUAGUGUCGUCCCUCGCGCGAGCACUAAACAAAAAUCAAGGCUACCUAGUGGAUGCUAAGAAAAAAUUGACGUUUGAUGGGGCAAACAUCACGCAAUUCCUGAUAGAUUACGAGAAUCUGGCUGCGCUGUUGAAAUGGACCGAAGAGGAGAAGAUGGACCACCUGGGGCAACAUGUGUCUUUGAGCCUAGGACGGGACAUAAUGGUCAUCGUAGUCGUGAGCCGGUCUUGGAAAGAAACCCGGGAUGUGAUGAUGAGAAAGUAUCUUGUAGCAGAGAAGAUGGCAACGGAGGCCGAUUUAGCGGCAGACCAGAGGAAGAACUUUGCGACGUACAAUGACUUCCUACGGGAGUUUACUUUGGUAGCACUAAGAAUCCCCGGGGCACAGGUGUCUCGACCCUCUCUUCCUCCCCAAGAAGCUGUGGUUCCGCCAGGUGUAGCCAACCGGGGAUUCGGACGAAGAGAUCCUGCUAACGAGCAAUCCAAGUACUGUACCGCGAGGGGACAUUAUGUGCGCGCGUGCCCAAAGCUCAACCAUGAUAUUCUGAAAAGAAGGUGUACCAGGUCAUUAAAAGGGGAGAUAUUUAGACCACAAGGGGAACAGGUGAACUGGAACUCACCAGGAGGGAUGCGGCGAGCCAUCAUCAUGCUCAACGGGUUAGAAAUAACGGCCGUAGAAGCCGAGCCGGUGGGCGAGAUCAUCUGGGAUCAACCCCGGGGGUGCGGGCCACAGGUCAACUUUAUUUUGGAAAACGACGGACGUGAUAGGUUGAACACAACCACUCGACUAGGGACGGUCAGGAGAAGGAUUAACCGCGAUGCCGUGAUGGAGGAGGUUGCUGGAAGUUCGGAACCCCAAGCAGAGCCUGAGGCCAAGGUACCGGAAAAGGUCUAUGAGAAACCUAGGGAAGAGGAGCCUACAGACAAAGUUACCGCUGCCGAGAAGAAGUUUAGGUACCAAAUCCUGAUUUUAUCCUUGCCUGAGAUCGACGACGCCAUUAGCAAGUUACUAGGAACCAUGGUCUCGGUGUCUUUUCAGACCAUGCUGCAGGUUAGCCCUAGGCUGCUCAAAGAGCUUAGACAAUUGUUGACGCGGCGGCGAGUAGAAAUAAGCGACAACCCCAAAAUACCAGAAAGGGAGAGGGAGGAGGAAGCUCCGCAAGAAGUGGCUAACCUACGGCGAAGUCACGGGGACUUGGAGGAUCUCGAGAAAGUUUUUGCGGACAUUUGUUUGAGGUUGCCCGACCGAGAGGGCGGCGAGGUCAUGAGGUCACCACCCGGGACAAAGCUUAGUUUUCAUGCACUGCCGGUAGGGAAGCUGAAAAUCCAGAUCGGGAUUCGUCAUACCGACGCGUUAGUAGACGGGGGAGCAGAAAUCACUCUCAUAAGAAGAGAUUUCGCAACGAUCACGGGAUGUACGGUAAACAAGGAAGUAACAGGGAGCAUCCGGGGAGUUGGCGGGGAAAUCCCGUUCGCUGGAAAGCCAGAUCCGGCGAAAACGGACAAGAUAUCGCAGUGGUUGACACCGCUGCGCACGACGACGGAGGUAAGGGCAUUCCUAGGCGUAGUCGACUUUUGGAGGACCUUCAUUAAGAACUUUGCCAAGAUUGUUGAGCCUAUCCGGGCUAUGAUCAGGGAAGAAGGAACCAUGGAUUGGACGGAGGAGCGAGAAGAAGCUGUCCAAAAGCCCAAGGACAUAUUGACAUAUGAGACAGUCACCCUGUCCGCGCCUUGUUUUAAUGACGAAGUAGGACGACCCUUCAUCCUAGAGACGGAUGGAGGAUCUUUAGCUGUAGGAGGCGUGUUGAUUCAAAGGGAUGAGGGAGGAAAAGAGAGGCCGACUAGGUCCGAAAGUAGAACCCUGAACUCCGCAGAGCGGCGGUACUCGCAGUUCAAGAAGGAGGUCCUAGCCAUCUUGCACUGCCUCAAGACCUUUCAGGCCUACCUAUUUGGGAGGCGGUUCAUCCUAAAGAUCGAUCCGACGAAUGUUGCAGGGGCCUUAAAGAAUUACAGGCCUAUAGAUCCGACCGUAGGGAGAUGGGUAGGAUUUAUCUGGCAGUUCGAUUAUAAGAUCGAACAGAUUGCGGGAAUUAGGAACAAGGCUGAUGGGCUGAGCCGGGUCUGCAUCACUCCCGAAGGGAUGGAGGAUGCGGAGCCCAUAGAUGCGUUCCUCGAAUAUGAAGGAGGAACUCUUGCGGUGGAUAACGAAAUGAUGAACGAAAAAUGUGCAUCGAGAGAGCUAUUGAUCCGGACUUUGGAGAAGGGGGCACCUGCGGUAGUGGCAGAACUUGAGAAGGACCAGUCACCACUCGAGGACGCAGCAAGGUAUAUCCUGGAUGCGCGAGACAACUUGAGUGGGUUCGUGGAGGCGGUCGCCCUCAAGCAAAAAACAGGGAGGGGUGUGGCGGACUGGAUAGAAGACUUCUACUUGAGGCAUCCGUUCGUCAAGAGGUUUAUAGCAGAAAAUGAGACCGAGUUUGUGAACCAAGAAGUAUUGGGGAUGCUUAAGAGACUCUGCGUACUGAUCAAACUUAUCGAGCCGUAUCACCCUGAGGCCAAUGCACCUGUGGAAAGGGGGCACCGAACCUUGAAGAACACGAUUGCGAAACUCGCAGCAGACCAUCUGGGGAACUGGCCUAGGUAUCUUAAGCAGGCUAUCUUUGCGGAGAAUAUGACCCCUAAAAGGACAACAGGAUGUAUCCCGACGGAACUUUGGUACGGAAGAGAGAUCGAUUUUCCUGUGGAAGCUUUGGUGCCUACCUGAAAUAGGUUAGAUGAUGAUCCGCAAAUGACUACUGAAGAGUUAAUCGAGGCAAGAUGUCAACAAAUCCUUAAGAACGAG